UUGUUUGUCAUUGUUUUUAUGUAAAGGUACCCUUAAUCAAAAAUGUUCAUUGAUCCGAAUAUAUUUUUAUCAAUGACUCUCGGAACAAGAUUUCAGGUCAACGAUUCAUUGAUUGACUUCGUACGAGCGUAAAACUUGUCCAGCCGGUUUCCGAAUUUUUAGAAAAAGACGUGCAAAACUUUCGACCGCCGAAACGAAAUCUCCGCACUCGCAGAACGAAGAUCGUGCGAGCGUUGCACAAUUAUUGUCACAUUAAAUAGACUUUUCCUAGUGAAAUGAACAAGUCGUAUCUUUUCUAUUGACGAAGCUCGUCGUCGAGAUUCCCUGAGUGAAAGCAGGUGCAUGCGUUCAAUGUGCAAUGAUCCGCUGUUUGCACAUGCAAAUAUUGCAUAAUGACCGAUUGCGGUCGUAAUCGUUGCGACCAAGGGGAAAGCAUCGUGAAUAAUUCUAAUUAAAGACUUUUCAUCGUAUUCCGAAGUAGUUCUUUGUUUCACUGUUGGAAUCAUUCAGUCGUUAAUCGAAAGUAAGAACUAAAGUUCGCGCGUUUCAGAAGGUAAAAGGUAUUCAAGUUGCUCGGAAAUGGAAAAGCGAUUGCGUAUUGGAAGGACGGUUGAGUGAUCUUUCGAAAAGGGGUUCUCCAAACUGGUCGCAUUCGUACCGUAAGUGGAGAAGGAAACGUUAGGAAGAGAAGCGAGGAGGAAUAACGGGAGAAGAAGAAAAAAGAGAGGAGGAAACUGAUCUCCGUCAGACGCGAAGAAGAACUCGAGGAAAAUCGAAUGAAAAAUGCAAUCCGUUCUAUUGAAACAAGUUCUGUUCUUUCUAAUAUUGUUCAUUCCCUGUAUCAUUGGAGGUAAACGCGUCGCGAGACUCCUUCCGGUGAGAAGCCGCGCAAUGAUACGUCGUGUGGGACCACUUCAAGGAAAUUUCAAACCAAAGGUUUGCUACGAUCUGGUCGGAUGCUUCGCGGACCCGCCGCCUCGUUUAACGCUGAAGAGACCGCCGGAGCAUCCAAACGUGAUACAAACAAGAUUCUUAUUGUACACCCGUUCGAAGAGAGACUCCCCGGAUACUUUCGAACACGGUAGCGAUUUUAAAUCACUUCUUCGACCUCGUCUCGAUGCUACCAGACCUUUGAAAGUCGUGAUCCAUGGAUACAAAGGGAGCGGGAACGAUGCUGGUGCAGUUCUAUUAGCACAGGCUUUUCUAGACGCGGAGGAGACGAACGUGUUGGUCCUCGACUGGACCAGAGGAGCAGCGACGACUUAUCAAGCUGCAGUAGGAAACACCGAACUCGUGGGUCGUCAAUUAGGCCUGGUCCUUCUGGACGUCAUUGACUUAGGCACCAGUCCUGAAAAGAUUCACGUAAUAGGCUUCAGUCUAGGAGCUCACGUAGCUGGCUGUGCGUCGGAGGUCCUCAAGGCCAAAAACAUUCUCCUAGGCCGAAUAACUGGUCUAGAUCCUGCCUCACCGUUCUUCAGGAUUCAUUUAUUCAGGGAGAAGUAUAGAAAGCUCGACGCUACCGAUGCUCGUUUAGUAGACGUGAUCCACACGGACGGAUCCGAGGACUUCGCUGAUGGAUUCGGGCUGUUGAAACCUCUGGGACACGUCGACUUUUUCCCAAACGGUGGUAGGGAACAGCCUGGCUGUACGGAUAUCAAGAACUCCGUCGUUGUCAGUCAUUUAAAAGAAGACAUGUUGACUCGAGAUAUUGCCUGCAGUCACUUGAAGGCCUGGGCGUACUUUUUAGAGACCGUACGCAGGGCAAAUGAUUCCUGCAAGUUCAUCGCUUGGCCCUGUUCUCGAGGAAGAGCCACGUACGCCAACGGUCUAUGCUUUCCUAUGGAAUCCACGAUGUGGUCCCAGGAAAUGGGAUAUAGAGCCGAUCGUGGCUCUUUAGGGAUCUACUAUUUACCAACGAGAGACCAAGAACCAUUCUGCGGCCAGGCUGUGAGGGCUGCGGUGAUCACUUCGAAGGAUGCCCCCAGAACGACUGGGACGUUGUUCCUAAAAAUUGUAGAAAGCAAUUCGACCGUCAAUUUCAAAUUCAGAUACUCGAAUAAAGGCAACAAACAGUCGACGUUUUAUAACAUCGCUGCGAUGAAGUAUGAACUUUUGUCGGACGAUCGAUCAACGAUAAAGGCACGCGCUUCAUAUCAAGUAAACAGGGGCGAAGACAAAGAAGAUACGAUUAAAACACGAAAUUCGGACUUGCUGUUCGUUGAUAAAAUUAUACUCGAGGAUAGAAAGGGAAACAAGUGGGAGUCGUGCACCUCCACUCCGGUGAAUUUGCAGGAGACAGAAGUGUUGCUGCAUCGGAAGCAAUGCGGUUCUUCUUAAGAAACUUCUUCUAUUAUACAGAAAUGUCACAGGAAAUUAUGUUCACAUGAAUAAUGAAUAAUAAAAGAAUUUAUAUAAUAAUAAGAAUAUACAUAAUAACGUU